UGUCUAAGUGGUACGGCCCCAUCCCUACGUAGGAUGACGAGGCAAAGUUACUGCUGGUGAAGGCUUGUGUUCCGGCUGCCAUGUCACUGUGAGGUUUUCUGCCCGAGAAGUCAGCUGCUACAGACGACAUUUGUGCCACCAUGCUGCGGAUAGCUGUGCAGGAGGGAAGGAUGGUUCAGGCAGCCGUACGGGGGCUGGCUCGGGCCGAGUCUACUUCCGCCCCGCAGCCGGACCCACCACGGGACGCUCCGGCCCUCGGCCUGCCGCCCACCAUCCAGGGCUUACAGCGGCCCAACCGCACAGUGCGGCCUCGCCAGGCCAGGGCCGUGCUCCGGGCGGCGGUACACGCGGCCCAGGCCGGGCCCGGGGGCGGGAACGUGCAGGGGGUGCAGGCGGGCCAGGAGGCCGGCUCCAGGGCUGUACACACACAGCCGCUGGAGUGUGGCGUGAGCUGCCAGGGUCCGCAGGGCGACGGCUGCAGCUACUCCGCCCUGCAGUUCAGCAACAUGUUCACUCCUGUCAGCAACAGCAGCUGUCAGGGGGUACAGCAGGCCUACAGGCACAGCACAGGUGUGUUGAGUGGAGACCCGUUCAGUCCCCAGCGUCGCAGUUUCCACUCUGUUGCCAGGCGACGCGGCAGCCCUGCUCCUGUCCACCUUCUCACGUCUCCAGCAGAGCUGACCAGCAUCACGAGCCCGACAGGCUGUGCAGAGCUGGGCAGGACAGCCAGCGGGACAGUGCUGGGCAGGACCGGUAGUAGGACAGCCAGCGGGAAGGUGCUGAGCAGGACAGCCAGCGGGACCCUGCUGGACACAGGUACCCUGUCUCUGCACUGCUUCAGCUUUCCUCGCCACCUCUGUACAUCCGCCCCUGAUAACCAGGCAGGGAAACCCCACAGGCACCUCUGCACCUCCGCCCCUGCUGGACAGACCGGGAAGCCCCCCAGCCAGCGGGAGCGGCUCCAGCGAGCUAUUCGAGACUACGGAGGGACGGUCGUCGUGUUUCACGUUGGGAUCUCCCUGCUGUCCCUGGGCGGCUUCUACCUCGCCGUGUCCAGUGGGAUAGACAUGGUCGCCUUGCUGCACAAGAUCGGGGUGGGGAAGACCAUCGCAGAGUCAGGUAUAGCGACAGGAGCAAGCACCUUCGUCAUCGCCUACGCUGUCCACAAAGUCUUCGCACCUGUCCGCAUCGGCAUCACGCUCACCUGCGUGCCUUUUGUAGUUCGUUACCUGCGCAACGUGGGGCUGCUCAGAUGAGCUGCUGUAUCAUAGAUGUACAGAGACUUGUAAUUAGGAUCAACUCUAAUCUGGGACAGUGUUGUAAACAUUCCCUGUGCAUAUUGGAACUAGAAGUGCUGUACAGAAUGGGGACUUGUGUAAAACUUGUGGCUACACGUUUCCUGUGCAGAACAGUAAUCGUUGGAAACUUAAACUUUUCUGAGAAAUCAGUGAUGCUGAAGCAUUUGUCUUUUGCAAUGAAUUAUCAGACUUAUGAAGCUCGAUAGCAAAUACUGGAAGCUGAUUUUUAUGUAUGCCUCAACCCUUUACAUGUAUGUAUGUAUGUUUACAGGAAAGAAAAGUGUUCAGUGUAAAUUUAGCUGUUCUCAGUAGCAACAUGAGAAUUAUGAUUUCAGAGGUUUUCUUCUGUCGCACAGGAAGAAAGCUGCUUUAAGUUAAACCAAAAGGGUUCCAAACUUCAGAAUACUUUAACAUGCUAAAAUACAUGUACUUAACUACAAAACUUAAUGGAUAAGUUUGGAAAUGACUAGACAGUUGAUUUAGCAUCUGCUGUGUUUUGUCAGUGAUCUAUGAUGUAGUUGAUUAUCAAUAUGUGCUUUAUAUGUAACAGCAGUUGUGAAAAGCUUUUUUUCUGAAAUAUUUUCGCAUGUAUCAGAAGACAAGCCCCAGACCUGUAUGUACCUGAGGAGAUGUUUGAGGUCUGGUGGUUAGUUUUGCUGAGUCAUGGUAGAGUGUGUACAGCAUCAAUCUCUGUAUUCUGCGUCUACAGUGUAUAUAUAACGUUAUGCAGGGCUAGAAAUGUGCUGGGAGCCUGGCCUUGAAAAUUAGGUCCACAUAAAAGAUUUUGAGUGCAAAGCACAAGGUAUACUCGAAUGUCAGUAAAGUCUAAUUACAAAACCUUAUUCUGUUACUGCCUCACAGAGAUUGAAUCUGACCUACCUUUAAACAGUAAUACAACAAUUUGUUUAGUAUUAUCCUGACACAAGAAUAUGCUGUAUACUAUUGUAGAAUUAGAUGUUUAUUCAUGCAACCCUACACAACUAUCUAGAUGCACCCACUGUCAAACAUCAGCAGUCAUUGCCCAUGUUGCACACUGAAUAAAGUCAAAACAGGUGCACAGCCCAUAACGUGACCCCCAGUAUGUCUGCCCUGCUACAGAAUGUUCCAGUAGCUGUUAUCAUACGCAGUUUUGUCAACCUCGCCCCAUUCUGCAAACAUCCUGGGUUAAUCAUUAUUACUUAAUGUGUAAUUCUCACCGCUGCUUCCCACGUUCCCACUUCUGUUGUGAUUGCAUCAGCCAUGUCAAAGGUCAUCCGCCUGACCUUUGCAGGUUCCAAGGCUUUGUGUUGGCAGAAAUUUCCAGAAUGCACUUGACCCUGAGGGUGCCUUGAUAUAUUUCUGAGGAUGUUUGCAGCCAUUCUUAUGUCGCACCAAUGAAAGGAAGGAGAUG